GCGGAAUGGGAAGACCUAGCCAGACAUCUAGGAUUGAAGAAAGCGCAGAUAUAUGCGUGCAAAGCAAACAACCAGCUCAACGUGCAGUCCCAAAUAUUCGACAUGCUGACGAAGUGGAGAACUAAUGCCUGGGAAGACGCCACCGUUGCGAACCUUGUUCACAAGCUUCGUACCUGCGAGCCCGAUCCCAUUGACAAGGAGGCAUUCGAACAUUUACUUCCCCCCAAGGAGCAGACAGAUGGGUCAGGAUCCGGAUCAGCAGAGGCAGCGACACCACCGGUACAGGAACAGACAGCACCGACCUCACUUGACCCAAGGGUGCUUCAGCUUUUGCAGCAAGCAACAGCCAUCGUGCAGAAGACGAAUCCUGGUGUCGACUUCACUAAGAAUGAAGAGGAGAUGCUGCAAAAGAUCAAGGAGUGGAAGGCACCGCUGAAGAAGCGUGUGGAGAACUUUUCUAGUGCCAUCAACUAUAGUAUCGAUUAUGAAGGGUUUUCCGCAAUUAAUGACAGCAUGAAGUCAGUCUGCUUAGUAGAAUACCCCGAUGGUCAUGGCUCCGGGUUCUUGAUUGGUCCCAAAUAUGUCAUAACUGCUAAUCACGUUUGGGAAGCAGCAUACACAAGCUUCAGCCAGGUUACUGACCCACAGAAGUUCCUUGUCCAUUUCCAUAUUUCAGGUACAAGGAGGCUGACCUUCAUAUUCAAACCUGAUAUCUUUCUCGCCCGUGAUGGUAACUUAGACUAUGCUAUCUUUGAAAUACACCCAGCAUCCCCCACUCUUCCCGCAGUCUCUGAAACAAUGCAAUCAGAAGGCAUAUGUCCCCUGGGUACCAGGAUAGUUGCAAAUGAGGCCGGUGUGGGUAACGAAGAUAUCGUAGUGAUUGUUGGACAUCCAGCCGGACAAGGGGGUAGAAAAAGGGUGGACUUUUGUUCCAUGGUAGCAGUUGAUGCUGUUACAAGUCGGGCUCUUGCAGUGCUAGGACCCCCAGAUAAUCUACAGUGGCCCGAGCAGCGCCCAGACAGGGGUAGCUACCACACUUCUGUCAUGUUUGAGGGCUCCUCGGGGUCUCCAUGCUUCACCAAACAUGGUAAUGUUGUCUUCAUGCACAUUUGUGGUUUCCGUCCAUACAACGACAGGGAACAAAUGGCCCUGAGGGAACAUAGCAUUGUGGAAAUGGGGGUUCUGCUGCUCGGUGUGAAAACGCAUGCCCAAGACAUACUUCCUAGUGAGGUAUUCACUGAGAUAUUUGGAAGUUGAACAGGUCGUCUGCAAACUUCAGUAGUUUGAAGACUAAUUCAUGCUGAAAGCCUCUUU